UCCCUUAUCUCUUCUCCUACAAAAUGAACAAACACAAAAACUAAAAAGAUAUUACUUAUUGUAUAUUUGGGGAUUUGAAUGGGAGGUGAUAUAUUUUUUACACGUUGAGAAUUAUAUCAUUUUGUACAAUUUGCAUAUUAAAUUAAAUUUUGAUUGUGAUUUAUUUUUUGUACGUUGUGUCUUCAUCAAAAGAAUCAUUGGCAUUUUCUAGAACUACUAGAAGGAGAAGAAUUCAAUCCCUGAUCCAUGGAGACACAUGAGUUCAUAGCAUCAAUUUUCCAUUCCAAAUUAUAAAAGAAACACGAAGUCUGUCUCCGAUUCUAACCAUGCAAUCUUCUUCUUUUCCUCUCCGCAACUACAAUCCACUUCCACUCUUCCAUUUUCUUCCUAACAACAAUCACUUUUUUCCUUUUACCAAAUCACAAUCAAUGUCCACUUUCUCUUCCUCUUCUUCACCUUCUCCUUCAAACAACCCAACACAACAACAACAACAACAACCUCAAAUUCCAAACAUCGAACAAAACAAACUCUCCCAUGUCAUCAAAUACCACAACCAAACAAAACACAAUUUCAACAACUAUGCAAGAGGACCUCAUGGGCUUGAUUGGGCCAACCAGCCCAACCCAUUUCGCAGGUACCUCUCUUCUCCUCUUCUCCCUCUUCUCCAUUUCACUACACAACAACAACAGCAGCAACCACUUUACUCUUCUCUCUUCAAUUCUCUUCCAUCCCCAAAACCCAUUUCCAAAACCACUAUUUCUCAGUUUCUCUAUGAUUCUCUCUCACUCUCAGCUUGGAAAUCCACAAGCUUUUCAACUUGGUCUUUAAGGGUUAACCCUAGUAGUGGUAAUUUGCACCCAACUGAAGCUUAUAUCAUUGCACCUUCAAUUGAAUCAAUCUCUGAUUCACCUUUUGUUGCUCAUUAUGCUCCAAAGGAACAUUCUUUGGAACUUAGAGCUCAAAUCCCAUCUGGGUUUUUUCCCAAAUUUUUUCCACCUAAUUCUUUUCUUGUUGGGUUUUCUUCCAUUUUCUGGCGUGAAUCUUGGAAGUAUGGUGAACGUGGUUUUAGGUACUGUAACCAUGAUGUUGGUCAUGCUAUUGCUGCUGUUUCAAUGGCUGCUGCUUCUCUUGGUUGGGAUGUUAAGCUUUUGGAUUCAUUAGGGUUUGAUGAGUUGAAGUUUCUUAUGGGAGUUCAUGUUUUUCCUGAAUUUGAAACACCUUCAAAUGCUGUUAAAGGUAAGAUUCCUGAGAUUGAGUUUGAGCAUCCUGAUUGUGUUAUGCUUGUUUUUCCGAGUGGGGUUAGUGGGUUUGAUUUGGAUUAUAAGGAGUUGAGUUCUGAUAUAUUGUUGUUUUCUAAGUUGGAAUGGAAAGGGAAACCUAAUUCACUUAGCAAAGAACAUGUUUGUUGGGAUAUUAUAUAUAAAACUUCUGAGGUUGUUAAAAAGAAUUUGACCUUAGGAGAUAGGUUUUUGGUUGAUCCAUUUCAAAGGAGUGGUCUUUGUAGUGAAAAUGAAAAUGAUUGUGAAAGUUGUUAUAAGGGUUUGACUGUUAGAGAAGUUGUUAGGAAGCGUAGAAGUGCUGUUGAUAUGGAUGGAGUUACAGGAAUGGAGAGAGAUACAUUUUAUCAGAUUUUGUCACGUUGUCUUCCUUCUGGUUCUGAAAAUGGAAAGAAGCAAAGGAGACAACUUUCUUUGCCAUUCCGAGCACUUCCUUGGGAUGCUGAGGUUCAUGCUGCUUUGUUUGUUCAUAGAGUGGUGGGGUUACCUCAGGGAUUGUAUUUUCUUGUGAGGAAUGAAAGUCAUUUUGGUGAGUUGAAGAAAGCUAUGCUUCCUGACUUUGUUUGGACAAAACCGGAGGGUUGCCCUGAUGAUCUUCCUUUGUAUGAACUCCUUAGAUCGGAUUGUCGGCGGCUUGCAAAGCAGCUUUCGUGCCACCAGGACAUUGCAAGUGAUGGUUGCUUUAGCCUUGGCAUGUUGGCCCGAAUGGAGCCUACAUUGCGUGAGAAGAACGUCUGGAUGUAUCCACGUUUAUUUUGGGAGACUGGAGUCCUUGGACAGGUGUUGUACCUUGAAGCUCAUGCAGUUGGAAUCUCAGCAACUGGAAUUGGCUGCUUCUUUGAUGACCCUGUGCAUCAGUUACUUGGGCUAAAAGGGUCAACCUUCCAGAGCCUAUAUCAUUUUACGCUCGGUGCUCCUGUCGAGGACAAGCGUAUAAUGAGUUUACCUGCCUAUCCAGGUCCCGAUGCCGAUGCUUAAUGCCACAUAAUGACUUCACAUUACCAUUCAAAGUUGGGGAUACAUGCAUAAAAAAACUCCUGUCAAGUGAUAUCUCUCCCUAAACACUUUUAGAUUGUUAUAACAUCUUUGUAUAUGCAAGUAAUAAUUUUCUAUUAGUUAUCAUAGUUAAAGGAUUAGCAAAUGUCAUGAUGUAUAAAUGGAAAAUCAUACUUCUGUAUAUGAGUUAGUUGUAUUAUUAGUUUGAUCACUCAGUACUAGUAGUUUUUUUUUUC